UUGGGCACCCGGCAGGUGUCCGGCAGGAUGGGCGCUCAGGGCCCUGGCUGGGCUGCGCCUAGGCCCACAGGAGGCUCAGAGGCCCGCGGGCCGCGGGGGAGCGGGUGGCGGCGGGUCCGAAAGCCAGACACCUCUGGGCCGCACGGCCCUGAGCAGCGAACGGGAUCCGGGGAGGCCCGGUUCGCCGAGCGCAGCCGGGCCUGGAGAGGCCCGGGGUGGGAGGGCACCGAGACCUCCGCGCCCCUCAGCCCACCCCCCAGGCCCCGCACGCACGCACGCACGCCCGGCAUGCCGCUGGGGGUCCUGGAAGCCCUCCGGGCUGCCGAACCUGGCCAGGCGUUUGCUGGCCACGGGGCGGCGGUGUUCGGGGGCGUGGCGGCAUUGGCCGGCCGGAGUCUGGUCGCGGGUCCUUCGGCUCAGGUACAGCGCGCGCCCCCGUGGAGAGGUGCGGCCGGCUGGCCCGACCGGCAGGCAGCGUGGCGGGAACGCAGGGGCUGGAUUCUGCUACAGUCAGGACUUGCUCCUGAUGUGCUUCGGGUUUACCUGCACGAAUUCUCCAGAUGUUUAUACAGCAUCCAGUAUACAACAAAGACUACAUUUUGAACUCGAUGUCAUCUUUACUCUGUUAAUACUUGUUACAUGGAUCCGAAGAUAUUACAGGGUUUUUAAUUAGUGAAAAAUUCAUGAAGACCAUAGAGAAAAAAUAUUUUAGAAUUUAAUGUUUCUGAUAUUUAUGUAAACUUAUGACUUCAUUUAUAGAAUUACUUCCUUUUUCUUGUAUAUUCAGGCUAUGAAUAUCCUUUCAGAUCCAUUCAUGUUCUGAUACCUGGUUUCAGUCUUUCAAAUGAAUGUACUGUAGUGCUUGUCUGUAUAAAUCCUAUGAACAAACACAGGGCUUUUGUAAAUGAUGCAUUUAUUGUCAUUAUUCUUGUUUUUCAAUGUUAAACCAUGAGAGAAGGGGUUUUCCUGCGAUUGUAAAAUCAUCAUGACACGGUGUGCAUUAUUAUCCUUCCAGAAUGUAACCAAGCUCUCCAACAAUCACUCUGAAAUAAGCAAACUUAAUUUCAACCAAUUGUUGGUGGAUGUUAACGACUGGCCUAAACUGUACUUUUUCUAGCAAGAAAUGGUUUUUGUCCACAGCGUGAAGUGAUUUAAAGGUACUGGGUGUUAAAUGUGAGCUUCUAAUGAAAUUUGGGCUGAAAGGAUGCCUAGAAGACGACUAUGAAGAUCUCUCCUGUAACCUAGUCUCUGUGGACCCGGAUCCCUCCUCUCCCGUGAGACUCUUUGGGGACCAAUCGCGAUGCCCUGCACCUGCUGCAGAGCCAUCGAGCUGGACAGUGAAGGUGCCACUUCCCAGACAGACAGGGUAGUGCAGCUCUGACAAAGGCCUUAUUUUUAUGUAAAUCAUCUUUUUACAUGUUUGUAAACAUGUGUAAAGAAUGGACCUAGGCGUACAUUUUUAGAUUGUGAUGACAUAGCCAUUCUGGAUUGUAUAAAUAGCAAAUGUAAUCUUUACUUUUUCAGCAGCACAUUAAAAAAGCCAGCAAGAGA